AUGGAUCCAAUGGUGGCCGCCAUGUCGUCGUCCGACGACGACGAACCCGCUCCGUCUGGUCGGCUCACCCCGCCCAACCUGCGGAUAGAGCCCGGUGCCGGUGACGCUGCCCGCGCUGCCCUCGCCGCCAACCCGCUCGACUACAACGCCCACCUGGCCCUGGCGCAGCACUGCCGCGAUGCCGGGGACGUCCAUGCUGCCGCUCGUGCUUACGCUGCUAUGGCUGACUGCUUUCCACUGCCCGAAGAUGCAUGGCUCUGGUGGGCUGCUUACGCUGCUGACGCCGCUUCCGCCCCAGGCGCUGAGCUCGACGAUCUGGCCCGUGCCGCUUGGGUCCACGCCGCCGCAGUCCGCCAGCUUGCCCUCCCGGCUCUUGCCCUGGCCUAUGUUGUCUGGCUUGAGGCUGUCUUGCCGGAUGUGGUUGACGGCCCGUGCCCGCCGAGCGCGCCCACGCUCGACGAGCUCUGGGGCGGACCGCUCCUCCCGCACGCCCGCACGUCGUGGGCCGAGUCGGCCACCACCGUUCUCGGCGUCUCCGAGGCCUCGGUCGGCUCGGCGCCGUGGAUGCCGGUUGUCGCCCCGCCGCCGCAUCCUGCUGCUGCGCUCAAGGAUCCGGGCUACUGGGUCUCCGAGCUCGUGUUUCUCCUCCGCGCCUGCUGUGUGGCACCGAGCCACGAGGACGCGCUGCAGGCGAGCCACAAGGCCCGGGCCCUGCUUGUUUCACUGGGCCGGCCCGACGCCGCCGGCUCGGCCAUCCUUCAUCAGCUCGAGCUUGGCACCGAUCCCGCCCUCGGCUCGCUCCUCCGACCGGCGCUAACCGAGCUCGAUGGUGCGCUUGCGCAGGCCGACUUUGACGCCGCUGCCGCCCGCCUUGCCGCCCGCGCCGCCAUGGUUGACGACGCCGAGUCGGGCGUCGAGCUCUCUGCCGGCGCACCGCAGGCGUACAACUGGUACAUUGCCCACGUGACUGCCGCCGGCGACGACGCCCCGGUCUCGCCGGCCUUUGUUGUUGCCCUCUACGAGCGUUCGCUGGCAGUAACUUGCCUUGACGCCUCGACCUGGACCAGCUACAUCCUGUACCUGGCUGUGACUGUCGGCGAUCUGGAGUCCGCCGCUGCCGCUGCCCUCCGCGCCCUCACCUGCUGUCCAUGGGUCUCGGGCCUCUGGUCGCUCCGCUACAAGCUUACCGAGCUCACCGCCUCGUCGCCCGACGACGCCCUCGCUGUGCUCAAGAAUCUGUUCCAGGGUGUUGUCAUUGACCCGUUUGCCAGUCUCACCUCGGACUCGUUGCCCGCCCUGCAUGCGGCCGGCUACGCCUCGCUCCGCAGGCUGGCGCCGGCCGACCCGGCCCUCUGGGCCGAGUACGUCGACGCGGUUGGGAGCCAUCAACUCGCGCUCGUCCACAUGGCCCAGCUCGCUGCGCUCGAGCCCGCCGCUGGCGGCGGCCUCGGCCCUGCCGCCGCCGUUCUGAACCAAGUCAAGGCGUCGAGCCCGGCGACGCUCGCCGAUCCGGCGUUCAUGGCCUCGGCCGUGGCCAUUCUCCGUGGCGCGAGCCCGAUGACCCAGACCCGCUACGACGAGACCCAAUCUAUGCUCCGCGAGCUCCUGGAAGCCGGAGCUGACCCGCUCUCGGUCGGCUACGCGCUCCUCGAGCUUGUCGACGCCCACGGCAGCGCCGCCGAUGCCCUCGCCCUUCAGGAUGAACUGGCACCGGUUCUUGCCGCCGCAAGUGCCGACGCCGCCGUCGCUCCGCCGGCCGCCAUUGAUCCGACCGCCGCCGCCAAGAUCGAGCGCGCCAAGCGGCGCAAGGCCAAGAAAAAGGCCGCACGCGUUGAGGCCGCCAAGGCCCGCGCCGCCGCCGCCGUCGCUCCGUCCGCUGCCGCCUCCGACUCGUCACCCAAGAAGCGCAAGCGGAGGAACAUGGCGGUCGACUUUGACGACGCGCCACCGGCCGCCGACGAGAACGCGUCAGCCAAGCGCGGCGCUGCCGAGGUCAACACCGUCAACGUUCUGAUCCUUGGCUCGGUGCCCGCCUCCGUCGACGCCGAUGCCGUUAGUGCACUCGUCAAAGAUUAUGGCGCUGUCGAGUACGUUUACUUGGCCCACCCGUUUGUCCUCGUCGGCUUCCCGGCCGGUGCAGACGGCGCCGCCGCGCUCGAUGCUGCCAUCCGCGGCCUGCACGGCCACCAGCUCGAGUCGGGUGACGAAAUCGGCGCGUUUUCGGGCGCGUCGGGCAAGGGCUGCGAUCUGCGGACCGUCAACAUCCUCAACCUCGACUACAACGCCACCGCUGCUGACCUCCGCGAGCUCCUCUCCGAGUACGGCCGCGUCGUCCGGGUCCACAUCAAGACCGAUGCCAAGACCGGGCGCCACCGCGGUUUUGCCUUUGUCGAGUUUGCCUCGCCGCACCCUGUUGACGCCCUGGUCGACGCAACUCAGCCGCUGGCCAUCCACGGGCGCCAGCUAGUCUUCAACCGCAUCCGCACUAAGCGCCGGGCUCAUGAGCCCGAGCCUGUCGAGGCCGUCAAGGGCCGCAAGGCCGAGCCGCGCACCCUCUUUGUGGAAAACCUUCCGUACAUCUCGCCCAAGGCCCUCCGCGAGCUCUUCGAGCAGGCCGGACCGGUCAAGGAUAUCCGCUGGCCCGAGUACAACGGUCGUCGCAAGCGAUUUGCCUACAUCGAGAUGGAGACCGAGGCCGGCGCCACCGCCGCCCUCUCCAAGAACCACUCGUUUGUCAAGGGCCGGCCCAUCCGGGUCUCGCGCUCGCGCCCGCGGCUCAAGGCCGCCCCGCCGCCGAAGAAGCGCGAGACCGUCGCCGAGCGCCGCGCCCGUCGCGGCCAGCGCGUCGCCGUCCCCAUGCUCCCACGUUCAAUCGCGCUUGCCACGGAUGCCUCGGCCACUGCCGCUGCCCCACCCCCGUCGGCCCCGACCUCGAUGGACACCGAGUAGCCCACUAAACUCCGCCCCAUGCCCUG